AUGGCGCUGCGGGCGCGGGCGCUGUACGACUUCAGGUCGGAGAACCCGGGGGAGAUCUCGCUCCGGGAGCACGAGGUGCUGAGCCUGUGCAGCGAGCAGGACAUCGAGGGGUGGCUGGAAGGCGUCAACAGCCGCGGGGACCGCGGGCUUUUCCCGGCUUCUUACGUGCAGGUGAUCCGCGCCCCCGCCGCCGAUCCGCCGCCGCCCGCCCGCUACGCAAACGUCCCCGUCGGCGGAUUCGAGCCGCUGCCGCCCCCCGCCGCCUUCAAGCCGGCGGCGCAGCAGCCCCCGCCCGAGCCCUUCCCGCCGCCCCCCGCCGGGUAUCCCUUCCCGCCCUACGGCGGCUCCUACCAGCCCAGCCAGGGCAGCGAUGACGACUGGGACGAUGACUGGGACGACAGCUCCACGGUGGCCGACGAGCCGGGCGCCCUGGGCAGCUCCUACCCCGAUUACGAGGCGGCGGGCGGCGGCGCCUCGGGCCGGUACCGCCUGUCCACCCGCUCCGAGCCCUCCAUGGGCCCCCGCGGCGCGGGGCACCCGCCGGGACACCCGCACCCGCCCGGCGGCGGCGGCGCCGCCAAGAGCUCGGCCACAGUGAGCCGCAAUCUCAAUCGCUUCUCCACCUUCGUCAAGUCCGGCGGAGAGGCCUUCGUGCUGGGCGAGGCGUCCGGCUUCGUGAAGGACGGGGACAAGCUGUGCGUGGUGCUGGGCCCCAGGGGCCCCGAGUGGCAAGAGAACCCGUACCCCUUCCAGUGCUCCAUCGAGGACCCCACCAAACAGACCAAAUUCAAGGGCAUGAAGAGCUACAUCGCCUACAAGCUGGUGCCCAGCCACACUGGGCAGCAGGUGCACCGCCGCUACAAGCACUUUGACUGGCUCUAUGGGCGCCUCGCUGAGAAGUUCCCUGUCAUCUCUGUGCCCCACUUGCCAGAGAAGCAGGCCACUGGCCGCUUUGAGGAGGACUUCAUCUCUAAACGUCGCAAAGGCUUGGCGUGGUGGAUGGACCACAUGUGCAGCCACCCCGUGCUGGCUCAGUGUGAUGCCUUCCAGCACUUCCUCACCUGUCCCAGCACGGAUGAGAAGGCCUGGAAGCAGGGCAAGCGGAAGGCUGAGAAGGAUGAGAUGGUGGGUGCCAACUUCUUUCUGACCAUCAGUGUCCCCACAGGCCCUGGGGCCAGCCUGGACUUGCAGGAGGUGGAAAGCCAGGUAGAUGGCUUCAAAGCCUUCACCAAGAAGAUGGAUGAGAGUGCCCUGCAACUUAAUCACACGGCCAAUGAGUUUGCCCGCAAACAAGUCACUGGUUUCAAGAAGGAAUACCAGAAGGUGGGGCACUCCUUCAAGUGCCUCAGUCAGGCAUUCGAGCUGGACCAGCAGGCCUUUUCAGCUGGCCUCAACCAAGCCAUAGCCUUCACUGCAGAAGCCUAUGAUGCCAUCGGGGACCUCUUUGCUGAUCAGCCCCGGCAGGACCUAGAUCCUGUAAUGGAUUUGUUAGCGCUGUAUCAGGGGCAUUUGGCCAACUUUCCAGACAUCAUCCAUGUGCAGAAAGGAGCCCUUACCAAAGUAAAGGAGAGUAAGCGGCACGUGGAAGAGGGGAAGAUGGAACUCCAAAAAGCUGAGGGCAUUCAAGAACGUUGUAACAUUAUUUCUUUUGCAACCCUUGCUGAAAUUAAUCAUUUCCACAAAAUUCGUGUGAGGGACUUUAAAUCACAGAUGCAGCAUUUCUUGCAACAGCAAAUACUCUUUUUUCAAAAAGUGACACAAAAGCUAGAAGAAGCUCUUCACAAGUACGACAGUGUUUAG